AGGCCAUAUAAUCGUAGUCUAUGUUGACAAGAGGAAUGUAACAUAUAAAGGAAUGUAUGUUAUGUUUAUGCUUAUCCAUUAACAAAGUCACCAGUACAUGCUAGUGGUGCAGUAUGGCCGCUAACACACACCUGAUCGGCGACAAGGAGACCAAUAAUUGGUUCAAAGCGUACAUAGGACUCAAUGUUACGAAGGAAGGACUCACUAACUUUCUUUGCGCAGAAUUACAGAAAGUACACACCGUUGUUGGUAGAAGUUGUGGAAACUGCCCAAUUGAAAACCUCAUACAAUGUCCGACAAACCCAUAUUGUAACAAAAGGAAACGGAAUUAUUGUCCUUUUCACAAAUCAUAGAAACCGCAGCCAUGCCCAAUAUGUGAUAAUGUAAAAGAUAAUAUCAUAUUACACCACAGAUAUGGUAAACCUUCCUGGAGGAACACUCGUGCGGAAAAGUGGGCACAAAAUGAUUGGGAAAUAGGCAAAUGCUACCUCCCUCCGCACGGAUAUAGCAGCAUUUCCUCGAUGCAGGAAUCGGACUUUAAUGGUGUGAUAAACAUCAUGUUGAAUUGCCUACAUUUCCAGACAUGUCUCUCCCCCUUAUGUUUAUCACCACCACCGCCUGAUAAGAAAUGUCCACUAGAAAAGGUCCGUCAGAUUGGCCGAGAUGUGCGACACACAUCCGACUGCAAGGUUACAGAUGCUUACUUGCAAGACUAUUUCAAGACACUGUCCACGCUCCUGGCUGACCCACAAUACUUACAACAUGAUCCUUCAGCCAUCAUAGCAUGUACACGACUUAGUGAUUUGCAGAAUGAUCGUAUGUCAUUUGAAGAACUGGGCAAGCUGUUGAAAGAAGCCAAUCACACUCUCGAAGAUGCAAAAAAGGCCGGCGAAUGUGUUUCUGAAAAGGCAGAAAGGACCUUGGAAAAACUGGAGGCAGGUUUGCAUGAACUGUCCGCUCAGGCACUUAGAGGGAAACAAGGCAUACAAUCGGCCACAAUGAUAGGAUGUAACACUCUAAUAUCCACCACAGAGGCAGGUGUGCAUGAACAGAAGGCCGCAAAAGAUGACAUUGUGGCUCAAGUAAAAAAGGAAGUCAGAGAUUUCAAGACAAAUGGUGACGAAGUGAACUAUUCGAAACGCAAAGAAAUGCUAUUAGAUAUGAUGAUUGAACAUUACGACAACACACUUAGUACCAUCACAACCUCGCCAUUGCAUGACGGUGUUCACGCUAGGGUAGAUGAUAUUUGCAUGCCACCCAAAUUACAGCUGAUGGAAAAAGUCAAGGGGGCCUUCAAGAAAACUGAUGCAACGAUUACGAAAUACAGCAACGUUCUUUUAAAGGAUGGUAAAUACAACCGAAAAAUGUUCAUUCAAGGCGAGGCAGGGUCUGGCAAAUCCACGUUUCUCGCCAUAUUAGUUAGAGACUGGUGUUGUAUAAAUAGUAAAGCAUCACGUAAACAGACGGACGAGGCGGGAUCUGGCAAAUCCACGUUUCUCGCCAUAUUAGUUAGAAACUGGUGUUGUUUAACUAGUAAAGCAUCAGGUAAACAGAAGGACGAAACUUACACUGCCGAUGCUAAUGCACGAUUGAGACCCUCUGAUGUCUUUGAAGAUUUAACGACCGUGAAAGUGUACACGUUCGUUUUCCAUGUCACUCUAAGGGAUUCAGUCAACGAGUUAAACAUUUUAAAGAUGCUUAAAAAACAAAUAAUUGACUCAAUUUACGGCGAUAAGGAUAUACGCAAAAAUGCAUACCGACUACUGAAUGAGAUCAUGGAACGUAAACGCUGCUUGGUAUUACUGGAUGGUCUAGAUGAGUGGACCUGCAACAAAGGUAAAAGCCUACCGGAAUUGGCUGUAUCUCACAGUCAGUGUGAUGUGUUGAUUACAACUCGACCUUGGAAAUUGACAGAAGCGAUGAUACCUGACGCGAAGAUUGACAUGCUGCUUCAACUGGAAGGAGUUAACGAGCCUUUUGAGGUGAGCAGAAGACUGCUUGGCUGUAUGGAUGAUUGUAAAGAUAGCAUGAUGUUGGACAAAAAACAAUCAGAAUUUGAAUCAUACAUAAAGAAAAAUGACGUGGAAAAGUUUCUGAUUUCACCAAUACUAUUGCAAUUGAUAGUGCACUCAUGGGUUGAAGGGACUGAAAUGAACGGCUCCAUGUGUGAAAUAUACAGUCUCUUCCUGGAAAGUCUUCUUAAGAAGGUAAACAAGAAAAAAAGAAAAUUUCAAUCGCCACCCGACCAAUGCUUCAAAGACACUGAACACAUACGGCCAAAUAUUGAAAACGUUGAUCGUCUUGCUAAAGCGGCAUUCCAUUUGCUGUUUUUAAAUACCAGAGAAAGUUCAAUAGUGUUUAGCGAUACAGAUUUGGAGCGAUUUGGAUUAGAUGAAGAACGAAAGGAGUUUGCAUUCAAAUCCGGAAUUUUAUCGGCAACACGAAAUUCGUCUGCAUUGCGAUCAUCUUCUUCAUGUUCCUUCAUCCAUAAAAGCAUACAGGAAUUCCUCACUGCUUAUUAUAUUGCAUGCAAUACCCAUCUAAUUGAUGAAAUCAUUUACGGUUAUCUCCAUCGUUACAAUUAUGCAUAUAUGGAUAUUUCACAGGUGUUUAUAUUCCUUUGUGGACUGAAAAUAUCAGCUGCGGAUAACCUAUCCAGCAUGAUGAAUGAACGCGUCGUUGAUUCGCCUAACUUUGAUUUUCCAAGAAUCGUACUGUCAGGAUACAGAGAAGCUGUAGCGAAUAAACAUUAUGACAGUAACCUCAAACUCAGUCACUUUAUGUUCGUCAUACCGGUCACCGAAAUAGGAGACGUCCACAACAUCUGGAUACAAAACAGGUCAAAUAUUCUGACAUUGAUGCUACACAUGUACGAUGUAGAGAGUCAGAGUUCCUAUGAACGAGGCGAGUCUGCAUCUCAUUAUGAGUUUGACCUGUCAUCGUGUAGCAAGCUGAAAACGUUAAAACUAUGGGGGAAAGACAUAUGGCUAAAAGAUUCGUCUUGUUUGUCCAUGUCAGAACAUCCGGUCUGGAUUGUUCUAAACAGUGCAGCCCCUCUACCAGCACUACCCUGCAUAGAACUGAUUGACAUGGACGCAGUUACAUGUUCCUCUAGAUGUCUACACAGUCAGCUCAGCUCUCUGCUGACACUCGAUCAUGAGGUUAAGUGUAACCUGGACUGGUGUAGCAUAACAUCGAGUGUACAGGGAUCAAAUACCUCAUACGUUUAUAUGAAGGUGUUAAACAAUACAUUAAAAAUGGUCGUUAGUGAAGACAGUCCCGGUCUGUGGGAGGCGCUGCAUAGUCUCAAUAUCAAGAGUCUCAGUCUUCAAGGUUUUGGCGAUGCGACAACUGCGCGGGUGAAACAUGGGGAGCUGUUGAACCAGUCACUAUCAUCGCUCACACAGCUGGAAACGCUUACAAUUCAUUUGCGUACAUAUGACGUCAUAAAGCCACCUCCAUCAUUGAAGUAUUUAAAUAUUUACUCUGGCACAUUGCUUCCAUCUCAAUUACGUGAACUAAUGGACACACUGCACGCAUGUACUCAGACAAUUGAUAGUAGGAUUGAAUUCGGCUGUGCGAUGUCAAUUUAUACCGAUGAUAAUCAUGAUGAGGAACGCAUACAGCAAAUCGCACUUGAGGAGUACACUCCCAUAGUACACGAACUGGAGACGCUGAAGAAUGUUGCAGUGAAUCGAUUCCGAAUAUUAGACCGGACACGUAAAAACCGAUGGCUUGGAGAAGAUGUGGAUGUUUCUUGCUGGUUUGUUCGUAGCAAUGGUGAUAUCGAUGACGAUAAACAAAACGAUGAUAACUUUAAAGAUAAGCUAUAUACAGAGUUCGUUCGAUGGAUGCAUAAACAUCAUACAUCGAAUAUCAAUGCGACUUCUGAUUACUCCAGCCUCGACAUCAGGAGUAAGCAAUCAAUACGGUUGCAACACAUGAUUUUACUAUGAACAGUUGUGUGUUAAUGUCUGGAAAGGUUUGUGCAAAUAAUAAUAUCUCCCACUUGGAAAGCAUACAUAGAUCGUUAUUUUUCUAUAGAAUUUUCUUUUCUUGUCAAUGUUAUUGUAAACAGAUUUUAUUGAAUACAUGUCGUUUUACAAUGUUUAACAUCUUUGCAGGAACUAUUCAAUGUAUGCUUUGUUUUUAGUUCGCGUUUAACCCAUUUAUGCCUAGCGUGUAAAAAAAGGCCUUGGCAAAAAGCGUAGACACAGAUGAGACACCGCAUGAUACGUCGUCUCAUCAGGGUCUGCGCUGUUUGCUUAAAGGAAUUUAUGUUAGAAAUAUUCUACAUAUAGAAAUAAAUAUACUAGACAUCAUUUAUUUUGGAAAUAAAUUGAUCCAAUUUAGAACGAUGGAAGAGUCCACUAGGCUUAAAUGGGUUAAUAGCGAGAAAUGUAUGUACACGUUUCGAACAUUCUCUAGGUCUACAUUUAAAGAAAAAUCAAUCCAUAUAUAUUGCAAAAUAACAAACAAUAAGGAUACGUGUUUGGUUAUAGAAAACACACCUCGUUUCGUGUAAAAAGUCAUCAUGUAAUACUGUCUGUUAAUUUGAACCGUGUUCACAGUGCGUGUGAUUUGUAUAUUUUAUCAGUACCAAGAUACAUUAUUACUAUAAUGUAACUUUGCUAAAUUUAACAAGAAAAAGAAGUUACAUACUUUUAUUUCUCAUACAGCUUUACUUUAUUUUAAAACACAACAAUGUUUCUAAACUAUUUAAUGUUGAUAUGUCGCCUAAAAUUCACAUUUUUAUAUUUUAUUACGAAUUUCAUUAUAUAUAUAUAUAUAUAUAUAUA